UGGAUGAACUGUUUGGUCACACUAUGGUUUGUGCCGAACUUUGUGAUAGAAUUGCGACUGAAAUCGGGGUCGGCUCCGUUUUCGAGAGGAUUAGCUUGGCAAGAUUGAAUUAAGAGUCGAUAUACAGAUGUCCAGCAAUAAUACGGAUACCGGGGACACAACCAUCAUGGCCACGUCAACCUCAUUACAACAGGAUAUUGAAGCCGGCGGUGAAGAACAACUACCCCGAGAAUCACUGAUAACCACUGCAGUGAGCUUUCUACAAAACACUAAAGUGCGCCACACUACGCUUAUCCAGAAGCAGCAGUUCCUACGGUCCAAAGGUCUCACCGCUCACGAAAUUCAACUGGCCUGCGAACGGGCCGGCGUCUUCACUCAAGAUCCCAAUAAUCUGAAUCCCACUCCGAAUACGGUGAUCAGCAUUGGAUCCCAGCUCCAGGCACUACAACCCCAGCCAACGGUAUUUGGCCGAAUACGGGAAAUACUUCAUUCGGCAGCCCUCUUCAGCGGAGUUGUUUACGCGGUCUACUUGUUUUGGAAGAAGUACAUCGCGCCAUACCUCUUUGGCAAGCCCAAAAAGAAGCCGGUCGAUGAGGUUCUUGACGACAUAGAUAAGAAGGUGGAAACGCGCACCAACGACCUCAACAAGGAGAUCUCGGCGGUCAAAGAAUUGAUCUCCAGUCAGCAGAGGGAACAUUCCCUUCAGUUAAACCGCGAAUUUAACAACUUCCGCAGCGAUCUCGAUGCCAUCAAAGGUCUGCUGUUGAACCGUAAACAGUUUGCUGGCCCCGUGGCCCCUCUUGCAGUGCCAUCAAUUCCUGCCUGGCAAUUAGCCGGCUCCCCGCAUCAUCAUCAUAGGCACAGCGGGUCGGACGACAAUGAAAAAGGCGAUGAUGCUGGCUCCGGAUCCGGGUCCUCGGAGACCGAAGUGGUGACCAAGAAUAGUGACUCCAGCUUGGAGAUCAUGUAAUGCAAUCGGAAUAUGAGGCUGGCUAUAUCGAUAUAGCGAUACAUAGUUAAGCUGAAAAUGGUUUUUGUAAAUUGAGUUUCCCUUAAAUGCCUUUAAGACUCUUUGGUUAUUUUUUGCUUUGCGUUUAUAGCAUUUAAGUUUUCUUUAUAGUCAACAGCUAAUCCAUAUCCAAAAGUACAUACACACACUCACAUAUACACACUUAUGCGAUACGAUGUCUAUAUAAUGUAAUAAUAAAAAAUGUUUACAUAAUAACAGGUUUGAAUUUAAAGAAACUGUUUAAUUAAGCGCAAAAA